AUGAUCGUCGUCUUCGUCACAAUCCUCGCCUUCAUAACACCAUUCUAUGUCAUCUACAAGCCACCAAACAUCUUGAUCCGGUACUUUCAACAUCGUUGGCCCGAUGUCCUAUGGCACGUGCCGCUCAAGCAGAAGAUCAUCGCACUGACUAUUGAUGAUGCGCCUUCUCGCUUUACUCAGGAGCUUGUUGACGUGCUUCGAGACAAUGAUGCAAAAGCAACAUUCUUUGUUAUUGGCGGUCAAGUUCCUGGGAGAGAAGAGAGCCUGGCACGUGUUGUUGAAACUGGGAAUGAGCUGGGAAAUCAUGCCAUGCACGAUGAGCCAUCACGCUCCCUAUUGCCACAACAGCUGGCUGAACAGUUAAUCGAGGUCGAAGGCUACAUCAACACCACAUACGCAUCGCUCGGUAAAGCAAGACCACCGAAUCGUUUCUUUCGUCCUGGGUCAGGAUUCUUCAGCUCCUCUAUGCGACAGCAAGUCCAGGCCAUGGGUUAUCAAAUGGUCUUGGGUAGUGUGUAUCCGCACGAUCCGCAAAUAUCGUAUCCGAGCAUCAACGCGCGACAUAUCCUGAGCAUGUCACGAUCCAAGGGACUACGAUCAAAAUUCGCUGUAGUUCGACAAAACCUGUAUGGCCACUACUGGUGGUGA